GGGUAUGAUGUUAUAAUUAUAGCUACUUAACAUUAGUGUGCAAGAUUUGUCCUUAGAACUUCUAAUAAGAAGAUAAACUGAAACAUCUCAUAAUUAAGUUUGAGAUUGUAAUUAUACUCUAAAAGACAUAAAAUUAUCCAAAAGUAUUACUUCGAACGAACUCUUAUCUCCCAUAUACUUUACAAAAUCUUUAAUUUUGCCAAAAAUCAGGAAGCUGAGAAGAAAGAUGAGCCAUCCAUUGUUCACUUUCAAAUUCGCCUUCUUCUUCUCCCUUUCUCUCGCUACUUCAUACACUGUCACUUCCACAUCCACAUUCUCCUCCUUCCGCAAACUCAAACUACCUUCCUCCUCCCCCGUACCCAAGGCAUGCGCCGCCGAUUUGCUCGCUCUUUUGGGCCCACCUCAACAAGCUUCGGCUGUGAACUCUCAAGAGGCCCGCCAGCUUCGUUCUUGCUUCAAAUUCCUCGUUCCUCUUACGCCGAGUUCUGAGAGUCGUAAUAGACGCUUUUUGAGUUCGAAAUUGAGUGAUCGGAGGAGUGUAAAGGAAGAGAAUGAGCUUAUUUGGUGGCCGCCGGAGCCGGUGAUGGAGCUUGCUCGGUUAUCUGUUGACUCUGGUGGUGAUACUGCCGCUAUACAAAGGACUCUUGAUCCGACUGUCAUCCCUGUUCCUGACAUUGAAGGAUCAAAUGAAGACCGGUGUGAACUUACUAGAACUCCUUAUGGGAGACUUUUUAUUAAUGAGGAGAUAAAUUCAUACCUUGAGUUUUUGUUUGAAAUGAUUGUUGCUCGAGGACCCAGUGUAGGGCUGAAUGUAUCAUUAUCGCGCUUUGACUUCUUUCAUGGUCAUGUCUUUCUUGCCAGAGAAUCUGGAAGGCUUGGGAUUUUGUUUCAUGCCAAGGAGUAUCCAGCAUAUGAUAAGGAAGUCUUCCCUUGCAACAUGGGCUACUGCCAGAUAGGAUCUAAUGUCUCUUAUGAUGAUUCAAUGAAUUUGCGAAACAUAUUGUGGCUAGCUCCAUUAUCUAGCAGCUCCACAAAAGAAUGGUUGGCACCAGGAGUCUUAGUUGUCUUGGAUGCACAUCCAACUGGAAUCAUAUACAAGGACCUAAUACCCGAGUAUGUUCAAAUUGCCAGGACCCUAUAUGAAGAUGAUUUUGGGGACGUUGCUUUUGAUGUUAACUAUCUAAACACAGGAGGUGAAACACCCAAGUUCCAAAUUUUCAUUUGCUAACCUCUUUGGUAAAGUUCAGUACUAUCAGUAUUUGAUUCUCGCGUAUUCAAGUGGAUAGUUUCUUGGAAAGGAUGUCUCUGGUGGAGAUUUUACUGUUGGAAUUGAGAGUCUAUUAAGUCAUUUAGUUCAUUUAGUUUCGUAAGGGGGCAAUCCUUAUGGCAGAUUAUCCUUUCUUGAUUAUACUAUGAAGCUUGAACUUUUGUCUAUACCACAUAUACAUGUAUACUAAGAAAUAUCCACUAAUUAAUUAUGAACCCAGUUACAAGUAUAUAUAUUGAUUUCAGGUUGCUUGUGCUC